CGUUAACAAAACAUAUAUUAAGCUCCAUACAUUACUUUAGCAGUCAAUUGGAAAUUUAAAAAGUAAAUCGAAAAACAAAUGUAGUACUAACAAACAAAUAUUUAUCAAAGCGUUAUAGCUUCUGAGACAUAAUCGCAAUACUUAUUAUAGAUUCUUAAUAUACUAUUAGGAUACUAAGAGUGGGCCCCAAGUUUUGCAUAACCAGAUUUACAUACAAAGUAGCGGAAGUUUUUUUUUCUGAAGCAAGCUUUUGCCAAACGGUCUGACUUCUGUGUUUUUAAUGCAGCAAUCCAAACAAUCCUUUCAUUAUAAUAUGGACCGUUUAAUAAAAAAGAAAACUUUGCUGACAAACCUACAACGUUUUUCACAGGAGCCCAAUGAUAUUUAUUGCGAACGUGUUUUAGAAGCUAUUGACAGCUGCGAUAAGGCAGGGAUUCAGUUCAACAGCAGGCAGGAAAACGAGAUCGGAACUAUUCUGAAGAAGAAUCUUGAAACUAUUCUCGAUUUCCUCUUUGAAUUUGCUGUUAACUUUGAUGCGACAAGAGAACAGUCCCCGACAAGACACAGAUCUGCAUUGCGAGUUAUUCUGAACGACUUCAAACAUUUCUCAACGGACGAGGAAGGCGAAACGUUAGAACAAAUUCUCGACACUACACUACAGGACGAUGACACAGUCUCUGUCUUAGAAGAAGCUGUGCAAGCCUGGGAGAGGUAUAACGUGGCAGAAGGUCAGAGCUAUGCAAAAGGCAGCAUAGUGAAAGCUGAUGCUAUUGGGGGGUAAAUGUUGGAAAUAUUUACUACUUUCUAGAUCUCCACUUUCGGUUUAUGUAAUAAAACUAAUUAUUUCACUUUUUUUUAUUUGCGGAGUCGAAUAAUAACAAUGGCAAAAUACUACAUCGAUAAAUAAUAUAGACCUUGUAUUGAUUUUACAAGUUAAGCAGUAGCUGAUAACUUGAUAUUUUUGUCUAUACAGUGUAUGUGUUAUUAUUUUAUAUAUAGCGAAUACUUAAUAAUGCCCAAUUGAUAUUCUGUUGGUUACUGCAAUAUACAUUUGUACGGGUACACAUUAUUUAUAAAGCAUGCAAGAAUCUUGCCAGGAGAAUGUGUGCACUGGGGUGGAGUUAUUGUCACGAUGUAUGAAGUGUAUGCAAAGUUUUGUGUCUGAAGAGUUGAAGCGUCACUCCGAAAGUCUUUGUAACCAAUCAGACCAAAGACAAGCAUUAUUUAUUCGCUCACUAAAUAAUAUUUCUGAUCAAGAAACACAAUUAGGCAAAAUAAACGUCUUGCUUAACCUAAACGACGAGCUAAAAAUACAUCCUUUGGCCUUUUCCCAGUUAUCCAAAGAAUAUCAAACGGAGCUUCUCUCGGUUACAAGGAAGCUCAACACUGAUGGAAUUAGUAUAAAAGACUUUUUAGACGAUAAAAAUGAAGAAUUUACCAAAUGUCACAAUAUACGGAAACACUAUAAAAUACUGUUAGACAGUGAAAUAACGUACAAACUGUUCUAUAUCGCUAAUAAGCUACACAUUGCAACAGAAACAGAUUUAAACAGUUUUCUAAUUGAUGGGAAAGCGAUUUUCGCCAAAAUAAAACCCUUUGAAAUACAAAGAGUUUACCAACUUUUUAAUGGCACUUUUCGUGAAAAAGAUCAUUUUAUAAAGGCGGGCAUCAAAUUCGCACAGUACGAAAAGGUAACGAACAUAGCCGACUUUUGCGCUGUAUGCGAGUUUGCUGUAAUGCAGUUGAAAGAAGCGUCCGGUGGGGCUAAACCAAAACGGAGAUCAGCUGUGAGAAAAAAUGCUGAGAUAGAAUUAGCCAAUGGAUUUACAGAGAAUGCCAGCAAACAAAAAGAAUAUAGUGACUUAUUAACCGAACUAAAGGGGGGAUGCAGUUCCAAUGGCUUACAAUUCGUCAGUCAACACUGUGAGGUGACUCACUUUCUCAAACACUGCAAAGACGAUAAAAAUUUUAAAACUUUAAAUUUUUCAACAGCAAAGGAAUACGUUGGGUUCUUAGAAGAGAAAAAAACAGAAUGUUUUGAAACAUUUAUCACCCAAGAAGGGACCAAUUAUUUUUGUUUGUACAAUUUUCCAGUCCAGGAAAAAACGUAUACACUGCAGAUAAUAGCUGAUGCAUUUAGUAGGAAAGAAACUAUAGUAACAGCAUAUUAAAUUAAUAAUACUAAGAACAAGGGCAGCUAUGGAAGAAUUUAUUUUUCUAGUGUUGUCAAUAAUGGGUGUGAUAUUAAGUUGUUUUUAAAAGAGUUGUGAUUAGAAAUAGAUGCAUUUUUGCAGCUUUAUUUUUUAAAAAUAGACUUACAAAUAAUCAAAGAAAGCUGACACAUAGCGACUGUUUGUUGUUUUAUACAAACAUUUAUUUGGAAACACAUUUUAUAAGCUAAACUGCAGUUUUAACAGACUGACUCGUGUACUAUAACAAUGUCUUUGAAUUUCCCAAACCUUCAUAUGUCUUCAAAUAUGAAUGUUAAGGAAGAGUACAGUAAUAUGUUAUAUAUCAUACUCGGGACUCGGUGUAAAUAUUUAAAAUUGUGUGAUCGGCUCUACACUACAGUUUUAAAGCAGGAUCAGAUUGACAUUGUCUUCUUAAAUUGACAUUGUCAGAUUGACAUUGUCUUCUUAGAUUGACAUUGUCAGAUUGACAUUGUCUUCUUAUAAUUUUCUAUCUUUUUAAUUACAUCAUUUUUUUAUUUAUUUUUUGUUGUCAUUUUUAAGCAUCAGUCUACUGAUGUUGUACAUUUAAUAGAAUAAGUAAAUCCAUUUAUUUUAUACUUUAAUUUUACUUUCUAUUUUAAUAAACAUGUAUGAGUGAUAGAAUUACUUUGGCAAACUGAAAAAGUUAAAGUAUAAACUACAUCUUGUGGUGCUUAAUUUAACACUUUACACUGAAAGCAUUCUGGUAAUGAUGUUUAUCAGAAAUGAGAUUACUUCUUUUAAAAUGUGAAUGAAAUUCUGUCUGACAGACAUUUACAAUACGCACGUUUUUGUUUUUCUUUUCAAAUUUAAAAUAAUAAAUCAAUAAAAUAAAA